UGGCUGUGAGUCUAAGAACGUCUGCCCCUUGGGUCUACCAAACUGAGAUAGGAGCCCUUGGGGAAGCAUCUGUUAUUUUUAGCGGCUCAUUUCCUGGGAAGCGGAUUCCCCUGCAGACUACUGAGCUCUGAUUUAGUCUCUCCCAGUCCCAUGCAGAGCCUAAAAUGGGAAGGAAGCCGUAAAACUUGGGCCUCUUCCUUCCUUGAGCAUGUGGAAAUCUGGGCCACGUUUUUCUGGGACAGCUAGAGGACGUGGGUGAGACUCUGUCCUCUCUGUACUUCUCAACCCUGCGUUGGUUGCUCCCGAACCCAAAUCACGUCUGAAUGCUAUGAAAGCGCCAUCCUAAUUCUUAGGUCUGCUGGGCUCCCGCAGAGUCCUGACGCAGGGAGGGCAAAGCCUGAAAGAAGCUUGCCAGCUGCAUUCUGUGACAUCGUGUCUGCAGUGUUUGGUUUGGUUCGUUUCGGUGGGAAGAAGAAAACUGGGAUGUUGCUGUGCCAUCCGGUGAUCACAGCUUGAUGUCAGGUUUAUUGGAAUGUGAGUGUACAGAGAUGGCUGCUCAGCCUCUUCUCCUAACCCCAGCAAAUCCACUCACCGAGCACUCUGUUUGCACAGGGCAGAAAUGAAUUGUAGAUACAGCAGUUGACCAACAGAUUAGUUACCGCGCCGUUAAUUACCUCUGCUCCUGCGCUGUCCGUAGUGCUGAUCGGGGGCAGAGCACGACCCGGUGAUACCAGCACUGCGCUGCAUGGCCUCAGUCGUUAGCAGAGAGUUGUGAACAUUGCUUGAACUGGUAAAUCUCUUGACUGCUUUGUGUUGCUGUGUGGGGGAGCAUCUCAUAGAGCCUUGCGUCAUCCAUUUGGGCUCUGUUUGCAGAGAACUUUAGGUGGUACUGGUUUGGAGCUUUACGCGUCUUCCACUGUGGAGGGAAUUGGGAAUGGCUGAGCUGCAGUGAAAUUCUGUGAAAACAAGUUAUUUCCUCAUUGUACUAGACGUUAGGCUCAGGGCACGGGUUUAGUGUGAUUUGAGGGAGGGAACGUGUUCCAAAUGCAGCUGGAGAAACGCUGCUCGCAUUUUCCAGCCUCUGGGUUGUUCCUGGCUGGAGCUAAUGAUGAUGGAUGAGUCCUGCAGAGCGCUCUUUGUCAUGAGACCUCAAAGCCCUUCACUGGAGAGAUCUGCAGUGUUAUUCUCACUGAGUCCAGGUGGUGAAAUGAAUUUGUUAAGAGAAAAAAAAGUUGAUUCAAGAAGCAGAACUGGGGAUGAAACUCCUGGUGUCACGCUUUGCCUCACUGUGCCAUUGCCUUUCCCAGCCCUGGGCCUUUGCUGGGAGUUUGAUUUCUAAGUCCAGCCCAGGUCAGAAGCUCACACCUCUCACUCAUGUGUACUUACUUACCAUUAGCUUCAGUGAGACCCCAUAGAGCAUUCCUAACCCAAUCUCUCAGCAUCUGCUCUGUUCUUACGACGACAAAAUCAAACAGGAGAUUAUAAACAGUCUCACCCUUCUGCUGAGCAUCUGCUGUGAGCGCCACGUGCCCGUGCUUUUACUCCUGUAAAUUGCUCACAAAGCAUCAGCAGAGGUGCCAUAAAUUUGCCAGGGCUUUUUCUGGGACAUGAGAGCUCCUGCAGCUCGCUCAGUCCCUGGAAAGGAGCGGACCUCAUGGCUGCAUGAGGACAUAGCCCUGUGCUCUCCACAGCAUCGUGUCCCCGUGCGGUAUCUGGCCCUGAGCUCCAUGAGGAAGGGGCUGCAGGCACAGAGCCAUCCCUGUGCUUAUCAGCCCAUAGGGACGUAAUCCUCAGAUUAGUGUGGUCACACCAUGUGUAAGGGCUGAAUUCUGUCAAUGAGACACUUGGCUGCUCCUGCAACAUGUCUGUCCCUCUGCCAGGGCACUGAGCAGCCUCUUGUCUUGCUUGGUCCAAAUCAAGCUUCAGCUGCUCUGGUUUGUAUGGCAACAUUGCUGUUUCAGUGGAACCCCUGGGUAUAGCAACACUCCUAUGGGGCUGCUGGGUGCGUGUGCUGGUCCAGGUACCCAGUGUAUAGGGCUGCAUCAGCACCGGCACCUGCAGAAAGCCUCCAACACUGGGAAAACCCACCAGGUGUAGGCGUUCAGCAGUGGUGAACUCACCCUCCUGAGACGCUGACGUGCAGUACGUGGAUGGCCUGAGGUGGCUCUUCCUUUGUGUAGAGACAAAUGAGCUUCAAAGCAGUGAAACUGCUAUGGGAAUAACAACAGGGGAAUGGAGAUGUGGUUUAGUUCACUUGUAGGCUUGGUUCCUUCAUCCCUCAUGUUUGUGUUUCCGUGUAGCAGUUCAGGUGUGACCGCUGCAGCUCUUAUGGGCAUCAGGUGGUGGUUUGCUCAAGCGCUGGUGGUAACCUGGAGGUGGAUAGUGGCUCUCUGUUGGGGAACUCCUUCUUUAAGGAGUUUAUCAGCUGAAAAAGUCUCUGGGGUGGAAAGAUCCGUUUCUAUCAGCUGGAAAUCCCUGCAGUCCAUGAGCAUGAGGUCAGCUUGGCAAUCUCCCCCAUUUAGAUAAAACUUGAACCCUUCCCUUUUCCUCUAAGCGGCACCACGUGUAGAUGUCUCCUCUUGUAGGGUCAGGGCAAUGCUGGCAUUCAUGUUACUUGUGAACUUGGAGCUUUGCUCCUGUUGCAGCCCUGCACAGAGGUUACUUCCAUCCCCCAGGAGCUGAUUAAAUGCACCCACUGAAGUUAAAGAGAGCUGGAGAUCACCCCAUAGUGUGUUGGGCUGACAGCACCCUGCGCAGCCCUGAAUUCCAGCUGGGGGGAAAUCAAAUUAACAUUUCCCAGCAUGAAAAAAGAAAAAGAGAAAGAGAUGAAAAAAGAAAAAUUCCAAACAAAAAAGCCCCCCACAGAGUUCAUCUGGCGGAUGGAGUUACAUUAAGCGAAUGGAAAUUAAAGGCUUUUCAUAGAGAUCUUCAGCGUAAUUUGAUGGAAGACUUUAAUUAUUUCAACGCAUCGAAGAAAAGAAGCUGGGAAGGAUUGGGGAGUGCUCAUAAAAAUCUCUUCUUAUAAGUGCUUUGAGCUGUUCUCAGGCUGAAAAGCUGCUGUCAGCUUAAGGAAGAGGGGCUGGGCAUUGGUGGAAGGCUGUGAUGGGUUUGGGUCCAUGGGAUUUUGCAGCCAGAAGGCUCAUCUCCCCUCUGGCACCCUGGGAGCUUGGGAACUGCGUGAUGCUUUGUUGAACCAAUGUGGUCGUGGUCUGUGUUUCCUGCCCAUUGAACCCAAGGACAAAACCCACAGGUGUGUGUCAUUCCUCUGCUUAUACCACACUGCAGACACAAAGGGAAUUUUUGCAAUGAGAACGACGGAACCAUUGAAUCAUUGAGGGUGGAGAACACCUCUAAGAUCAUCAAGUCCAACUGUCAGCCCAUCUGCCCCACACAGAUCCAUGUGUGGCCGCCCCAUAGAUCCAAACGCGGCCACCUCCAAGAUAGAGCAGCCACACUUGAAUCUGUGGGGUGUAAGUGGGGACGCUGCAUGUGCAUCUGUGGGGCAGUUGCCCAUGGAGAGCUUUGGUCUCCUGCAGGGUUGGCUCAGUCUGUGUUAGUUCUCUGCUGAGGGGAGGGCUGAUGGCCCUCUGCAAACAGGAGAGGUGGUUCAUAACUUGGACAGCACCGUAUGUGAAGCCUAAAGCUGUGCAGGAUUUGAGAGUGGUAUGGCUCUAAUGGAAGCAAAGCAAAAGUAUGUGGGGAACCCCCUGCUCUCUGGGGUUUGGCCUUGUUACAGCACGGAGGGGAAGUGUCGAAAUGGUUUCCCCACACACCUGUAGCUGUGCAGUUCUGUACUCUGUGCUCUGCAUUCCUCCUCUGCUCCCAGCUUGUCCCACCCUACUGUUUCCAUGUGCACAUUCUCAGCUCAGCCGUCCCCAUUUCCACCUCCCUCGGAGCCAUAUGCUGUGUUGUCCCUGCACACCCCCCCCAAAUCUUCACUGCAUUGUAGCAUACACACCAACCACACCUCCCAACCUCAGCUGCUUCCACAUGUCCCCUCCCAGCCUCUGACUGGGGCUUUUGGGGUCGGAAUGGCUCUCAGUGUUCUCUGGGUGAUGGAUGGCAGAUGAACCUAUUUGAACUAUAUUCCCUUUAGGUUCAGUGGCUGUAAGAGGAGCGGAACUGCUCUUUGGCCAUAAAGCACUUUGCACAGGUUGAGGUGGUGGUGACUUCUUUGUUUUCCCUUCUUUCCCAUCUUGAAUGGCACAGAUGUGUGUGAAACAAACAGGCCUGCUUCUUCCUUGCAACCCCGAGAUUGGGCUGAUGCUUUUAGGGGCUUUUUCUCCCACUGGUUCAUGUUUUAGGACUUCCCUUGUGUGUAUGGGGAUGUACUGGGAGUGAUUCUUCUGCACUACAGGCUCUGGAGCACAGUGGGAUUCUGCUCUUUAGAGAGGCAAAGUGUUUGCAUCGCGGCAUAAGGGCAUUUUGUGGGGAAAUAACCAUUCUCUGGGGCAGGGGAACACCAAAUGCCUUCAAAGGGAAAGUUGGUGGUUUUCAAGCCCAUGUCUUCAAGAAGGUUCGAUGGCUGUGAACACACCUCUGGGAGCAGCUUCCCAGAAGUGUACGCGCUCAGCAAAACAGAACAGCGGCACAAAAGUGCAGCAGAAGUGGAACAACCGCUGGCUUGAAGGAGAAUGGAGAGAUGGUUUUCUGAGCGGAAGCCACAUGGGGACACCUCCUUCCAUCCCAGGAGCCACAUGGGGACAGCUCCUUCAGUGGUCACAGGCAUGGGUUGAUGGUUGGACUCGCGGAUCCUAUUGGUCUUUCCAGCCCCACUGACUCUCUCAUGCCAGGAGCUAGGUGCGGGCAGCCCUGCUGAUGGCAGCUGCUGGCCUCGCUGGGAGGAAAUCUGCAGUUCCUCCACCCACAGCUGACCCCUUCCCCCUUUGUCAAAACGGUUCCUACGUGAUAGCAGCCCAGGGCCCAUUAGGAGUGCCUGAAGUGGGCAGAGCAGAUGUCAUGGUGUGAGACCCCAGGGCAUUUAAUUGCUAGCAGACAACAUACUGUUCGUGUCUUUGCAUGGGGCGAUCUUUCAGUUUAACUGAACUUGCAUUUCUGCGUCCCUGGGGCAGACGUGUGGUGCCCUUCCCCCCAUGGGACACACAGCACACCCUCUGGCCCACAGUCACCUGUUGCAGUGCUUUUCAGCCUCUUUCCUUCUCGUCAGCUCCGUUUACAUGUGAGCCUCUCCACAGACAAAGCUUUGCAAAAGGCAGCAGCUCUCUUUGCCUGCUGAAAGAAUGGGGGAGGCUCUGUGAAGCCAUUUGUUGAUACUUCCCGACAGUUUUUCAGCGUUCCUCACUGCUCUGCAGCUGUUAAAUGUGUUGUCUCAGCUGCGAGGACGGCUCCAGCUUUGCUCGAGCUGCAUUUUCUCACCAUCCAUCGAGGGAUGCAGAGAGAUCCGUCAACGCCAAAGCCACCUCCAAAGUAGCAUUUUGGGUGGAAAUCUGCUUCUGUAAAAGCAAAAGGAGGUUGCAUCGGGACUGUAGGUUUGGAAAGCGAGGUGCUUACUGGGGCAGACGUGGCAUGAGCACCGCACUUGCAGCGAAAGAGCAGGAUUGGCAGUGCUGAGCAGUGCAGCUGUGUCUCCUGAGCACCACUGGCAGGACAGCUCUGGAGGGACGUGGCUGUGGUCGGGUAUGGCUUCACUAUUGCUGUGGCAGCUGCAAGAGGGAUUUAUUCUGUGAUUUAGCAUUUUAUUCUCCCUUUUGGCUCUUUGCUGUGCCAAGAAAUCUUCUGUGGAAAGCUCGAAGUAUCAGGAAGAUGUGGCAAUAGCGACAGAGAGGAGUAUUGUCGCUUGGUCGUUAAAAAUGUAUAAGCAGCUUCAGGAACGCAUUGCUUCCUCUGAGAGGGAAAUUGUCCUUAAUUCUGCUUGGUAUUUAGAGAUUUUUUAUCUCCUGAGAGAGCUCACAACUGUUCAUCUAGCCUUGAUUUAUUUUGCUCUUCUGAAUUUUCAAGGCUAAACGUGAAGAGAGUCUUAAUGGGAAAAAAAAAAGGCAGACUGGCAUUGUGCAGAGCAUGCCCACCCGGAGCUGUCCUACAGGUGUGGUGCUGAACUGUGACGCUGCGUCCCCGCAGCUCCCACCGCUUUGCUGCCACAAUCCUUCCAUCCUCCAAUUCAGAGAUCGGGAGGAUCCUGGGGGCAGUGGGGGGGAUGAAGAGAGCGCAGAGGACUGCAAUGCUUUGAGAAUGGAAGCCCUGGUGCUAUGCUAGAGAGAAGCAUCUGCUCCCUCUCAUCUUUUCUCAUCCUUGUGUUCCACUCUUUGUCCCCGCUGCUCGGCAGCUCAGGCACACUGCUGGAGCGCUGUCCUGCGAGCACCUCCAUCACCAGAUGGUCCCUGGAAGGGCGGUGGAAGGCUGUGCAGCACUGCUGUUUGCUGAACCCGAGAGUGAUGUCAUGCCCAGACCACCGUUGGGCUCCAUGAGGAUUUAUGGAAGAUGCCCCGUGUAUGGGCGCCUCUGGUGCUCCUUCUGCUGUGGCUGAUGAGGACGGCCGCCAGCCCGCACGCCUUGCGCAUCGCCGCCAUCCUGGAUGACCCCAUGGAGUGCAGCCGGGGGGAGCGGCUCUCCAUCACCCUGGCCAAGAACCGCAUCAACCGCGCACCCGAGCGCCUGGGGAAGGCCAAGGUGGAGGUGGACAUCUUUGAGCUGCUGAGGGACAGCGAGUAUGAGACGGCGGAAACCAUGUGCCAGAUCCUUCCCAAAGGGGUGGUGGGCGUCCUGGGGCCUUCCUCUAGCCCGGCCUCCAGCUCCAUUAUCAGCAAUAUCUGCGGGGAGAAAGAGGUUCCUCACUUCAGAGUGGCACCGGAGGAGUUCCUGAAGCUGCAGCUCCAGCGCUUCACCACCCUCAACCUCCACCCCAGCAACACCGACAUCAGCGUGGCCGUGGCAGGAAUCCUCAACUUCUUUAACUGCACCACUGCCUGCCUCAUCUGUGCCAAAGCUGAAUGCCUUUUAAACCUAGAGAAGUUGCUUCGGCAGUUCCUCAUUUCCAAGGACACGCUCUCGGUCCGGAUGCUGGAUGACAGCCGGGACCCUACACCUCUCCUCAAAGAGAUCAGAGAUGACAAAACGGCCACCAUCAUUGUCCAUGCCAACGCCUCCAUGUCCCACACCAUCCUGCAGAAGGCAGCCGAGCUGGGAAUGGCAUCUGCCUAUUACACGUAUAUCUUCACUAAUCUGGAGUUUUCGCUCCAGCGCCUGGACAGCCAGUUGGAUGACCGAGUCAACAUCCUGGGAUUUUCCAUUUUCAACCAGUCUCACGCUUUUUUCCAAGAGUUUGUCCAGAGCCUCAACCAGUCUUGGCAGGAGAACUGUGAUCAUGCUCCUUUUACUGGGCCAGCACUCUCCUCUGCCCUGCUGUUCGACGCCGUGUACGCCGUGGUGAGCGCCGUGCAGGAGCUGAACCGCAGCCAGGAGAUCGGUGUGAAGCCGCUGUCCUGUGGCUCUGCCCAGAUCUGGCAGCAUGGCACCAGCCUGAUGAACUACCUGCGCAUGGUAGAAUUGGAAGGUCUCACCGGCCACAUAGAAUUCAACAGCAAAGGCCAGCGCUCCAACUACGCCCUGAAAAUCCUGCAGCACACGCACAGCGGCUUCCGGCAGAUCGGCCACUGGCACGUUUCUGAAGGACUCAGCAUGGACAACAGGAUAUUCUCCUCCAACAUAUCCGACAGCCUGUUCAAUACCACACUCAUCGUCACCACCAUCCUGGAAAACCCUUACUUAAUGCUGAAGUGGAACCAUCAGGAGCUGGAAGGCAACGACCGCUACGAGGGUUUCUGCGUGGACAUGCUGAAGGAGCUGGCGGAGAUCCUGCGCUUCAACUAUAAGAUCCACCUGGUUGGUGAUGGUGUGUAUGGAGUCCCCGAGGCAAACGGCACCUGGACAGGGAUGGUCGGGGAGCUGAUUGCUCGGAAAGCCGACUUGGCCGUGGCAGGGCUGACGAUUACGGCGGAGCGGGAGAAGGUGAUUGAUUUCUCUAAGCCAUUCAUGACUUUGGGAAUUAGCAUUCUCUACCGAGUUCAUAUGGGCCGCAAGCCUGGCUACUUCUCCUUCCUGGACCCCUUUUCCCCCGGUGUCUGGCUCUUCAUGCUGCUCGCCUACCUGGCCGUCAGCUGCGUCCUCUUCUUGGUGGCUCGCUUGACGCCCUACGAGUGGUACAGCCCCCACCCCUGCUCACAAGGCAGGUGCAACCUUCUCAUCAACCAGUACUCGCUGGGGAACAGCCUGUGGUUUCCCGUCGGGGGGUUCAUGCAGCAAGGCUCCACCAUCGCCCCCCAGGCGCUCUCCACGCGCUGCGUCAGUGGAGUCUGGUGGGCCUUCACUUUGAUCAUCAUCUCCUCCUACACGGCCAACCUGGCGGCCUUCCUCACCGUGCAGCGCAUGGACGUCCCCAUCGAGUCCGUGGAUGACCUGGCGGAUCAGACCACCAUCGAGUACGGCACCAUUCACGGCGGCUCCAGCAUGACCUUCUUCCAAAACUCCCGCUACCAGACGUACCAGAGGAUGUGGAACUACAUGUACUCCAAGCAGCCCAGCGUCUUUGUGAAGAGCACGGAGGAAGGGAUCGCGCGCGUGCUGAACUCCAAUUACGCCUUCCUGCUGGAGUCCACCAUGAACGAGUAUUAUCGUCAGCGCAAUUGCAACCUCACGCAGGUCGGGGGCCUUCUGGACACCAAGGGCUACGGGAUUGGCAUGCCCGUCGGCUCUGUGUUCCGCGACGAGUUCGACCUGGCCAUCCUCCAGCUGCAGGAGAACAACCGGCUGGAAAUCCUGAAGCGAAAGUGGUGGGAAGGAGGCAAGUGUCCCAAGGAGGAGGACCACCGGGCCAAAGGCCUGGGAAUGGAGAACAUUGGUGGAAUCUUCGUGGUUCUCAUCUGUGGCUUAAUCGUAGCGAUUUUUAUGGCAAUGCUGGAAUUUUUGUGGAGCCUUCGGCACUCUGAGCAGUCAGAGGUGUCGGUGUGCCAAGAGAUGGUGACGGAGCUGCGCAACAUCAUCCUCUGCAAGGACAGUUUCCACCCCCGUCGGAGGCGAGGGGGGAUGAUACGGACUCGCCCCGCUAUCCCCGAGGAGCGCCGAGCCCGCAGCACGACCACGCUCAGCAACGGGAAACUGUGCAGCGGGGGAGAGCCAGACCCCCUGGCACAAAGACUGGCGCAAGAAGCCGCCCUGGUCGCCCGAGGCUGCACGCACAUCCGCGUCUGCCCCGAGUGCCGUAGGUUCCAGGGGCUCCGGGCACGGCCGGCUCCGGGCUCGCCCGCACAGAGCGAGGAGAGCUUGGAGUGGGAGAAGACCACCAACAGCAGCGAGCCCGAGUAACGCCGGGGCGGGGGGAGCCGGGGUGGGCCGAGAGGGUCCUGUUCCAUUUUACAGAACACGGACUUGUACAAUGUCAAACUUGUUUUUAAAUUAAAAGCAGUUACCCAGCUUCUCCAGAGCAAGGCAGAGCGCUGUCGGGCCGACGCACACGCCUGGCCGGAGGGUCGGCUUUGGAGAGGACGCGCCGGGAGCGGGGUCCUCGUGUGAGCUGCCCCCGUGCAGCUCCGAGGUGGGAAGGAGGGACGCGGUGGGGAUCGGGGUAGCAGCAUCGCCCACCCCCGUGGGGGCAAGAGCUGUUCUCAGAGCUGCUCCAUCCCAGGCCAGGAGGAAGGACGCUACGCUGUCUCCCCAUCACACAGACUCACAGGGGAUGAUCUCAAUGGGUGGGAGGGGAGGGAAUUUUUCUUUGGUCCAGACGAGGGAUGGGAAGGGAAGAGUCGUUCUUUCAUUUUGUUUCAUUUCGGGGUACUCCAGGACCUAGUCUCCAGGGCGCCGGGUGUCAGGUGCUGGAUUUCUUCCUUUCUAGAGUGGGGCAGUGGGCUGAGAGAGGGAGGAAGGGGUGGGACACGCUCCCCGCGAGAAGCAGCACACGCUGACAGUCAAUCUGAGGAGUUGUUAACGUACAUAUAUAUAUAUAAAUAUAUAUAUAUAUACAUAGAUAUAUAUAUAUUAAAAUGCCAAAAACCAACCAACACACGCAGUGAUCUCAAAGAGGCCUUGAAACGCCUGGAAUUUCAGGGGUUCUGUGUCUUCUGUUUAGUUCUGGGGUUAUACCUUUGGUUGUUUUUUUUUCCCCCCUCCUUUUUUUUUUUUUUGGGGUGUGGGUUGGGGAUCCCUUUGAGGAGGGUGAAAGGAGAGCGGGGAGCACAGGGGAGCCCCCCAGCUCCCCCAUAUCGCUCCCAGCAGCGCCGUGGGAGCCGUCAGAGGAAACACCGACUUCCCCAGCAACAGCGGCAGCUCCGCGUGGCACCGACGUGGGUUCUACAGUGCCGAGUUCAAUUUUCUGAUGGAAAAAACACAUUCUAUGCAAUUUCUGACUGUAAAAGGGAAGAGAGGAAAAUGGAGAGGGGCAGGGGAGAUAAAGCCUCGAGUGAAGGUACAUCCUGUUCUCGAAUUGUUUUCUUUUCUUUUUGUCUUGAAUGUACUGAAAUAAAAGAUGUCCUUGUAUAAUUA